AUGGUUCACGCCGUGGCCGUGACAGCCCCUGCGACAAUCUCGGUGGUGAGCGACCGGCCGAUGCCGAUCCUGCGGGACGACUGCAUCCUGGUCAAGACCGUGAGCGUUGGCCUCAACCCUACCGACUGGAAGGCUGUCCUCCGGAGUCAGCCCACCGUCACUGUCGGCUGCGACUACUCAGGCAUCGUGGAAGCCAUCGGCCCCGGCGUCAAGAAAGCCUUCCGGGUCGGGGAUCGCAUCUGCGGCACCAUCCACGGCAGCAACCCCACACAUCCUGAAGAUGGGGCAUUCACGGAAUAUGCCCUGGCGCUGGGAGACCUACAGAUUGCCAUCCCCGAGCGACUCAGCUUCCAGGAGGCAGCAACCCUAGGGGUCGGCCUGUCUACCAUCGGCCAGUCGUUGUACCAAAGUCUGCAACUCGCGCCUAUCGAUCAUCCUCUUACCCAGCCGGAACCCAUUCUCAUCUACGGUGGUUCCUCAGCCACCGGAACUAUUGCGAUUCAGUUCGCCAAGCUGUCGGGGUAUGAGGUGAUCACGACGUGCUCGCCUGACCAUGAGGAGUUGGUGAAGAGUCGUGGUGCUGACAGGGUUUUUGACUAUAAAGAACCCGGGGCGGCGGAGAAGAUCCGGGAGUAUACAGAAAAUCGGCUCAUGCUGGUGAUGGACACGAUUUCGACCGAGGAGACGGCGGCGUUUUGUGGCAGGGCAAUGAGCACCCAAGGAGGGGAUUAUACCGCGAUCCUGGAUGUCAAGGUUCCCCGCGAGGACGUGAGAAGUCGCUGGACCCUGGCGUAUACGUGUGCAGGCAAGGCGUUCACUUAUCGUGACACCACGAUUCCGGCGAUUUCAGAGGAUCGGGCGUUCGCAGAGGAGUGGAUGGAGAAGGCAGCCAAGGUGGUGGCCGAUGGCCGGGUGGUCCCUCAUCCGGUGCGGCAGGGCCUCAAUGGCCUGCAUGGCGUGAUCGAGGGCCUGCACGCUAUGAGGGAGGGAAAGGUCCGGGGGUGCAAGUUGAUAUACAACGUGGACGAGACGGUUGGAAUCUAG